GCCCGCAACAUACAUCAAGCUUAGCCGCCCCCAAUCUCUGGCCGUUUCCUACUUCCACCAAAACCCUCCCAUUUGAUCCCAUACAUACUCGUACAUUGUAAGGGAUAAUUCACCCAACAGCCAUCGACAGCUAUUGCGAACCAGUAUUCUGGACUAAACAAGUCUCACCUGCGAAUGCUUUGUUACGAGGUAACCCCUCACCAAGACGACGGGACGACGACGACGACGACACCACUAUGGAGCCUGAGCGUACCUCACCAAGCGGCGCCUCUAACACCAACGAGGUGAUCUUACCCCAGACGCCAGCCAUGUCCGGAGCUUUGCCCAUUGUUGCUACCGAUCCGGCUUCGGAUCUUCCCUCGAUGCCUAGACCUAGGGUCUGGGAGCGUCAAAAAAGCCAAAACAGCCUUCUCAUGGAGCUUCUUUCUCGCCGCAUGAGCCGACAGACCCUCUUACAGCAAAACCAAUCCCGUACCCAACAGCCACCCCUCGUUCCACAAUCACAGCCGCUUCUGGUUGAUAAUGCCAUGGAUGUUGACCAUGACGAAACCCUGGGCGACGACUCUUCACUGCCCGCACUGCCCUGUACUCAGAAAAUCCGUCCAUCAAGACGAUACUCAGCUCUGCCUUAUAUUGCCCCCGUUGCACCCGAGACAAAAAUUGACCCGGACGUUGCCGCUAGGGUCCUUGCCAGGAUGCAGGCCAACACCCAAGCCGAUUCCAUUUCCCCUCCUUCGUCCACAGGUUCAUCUUCCGUCCAGGCCAUUGAAAUCGACCCUACUGAGUUGGCAGAAGACGACAUAGAGGCCGAUGAGGGCUACGAUGAAGGGCCUGAGGAAUUUCCCUGGUUGGGCGAGAAGCCAUCGAGUGGGCUUACUGGAGCCCUGAGGAACCAAGGCGUUCUCAGCUUCACAACGUCUGCUGAGGCGGCCAUGCGCUGUCCCAAGCUUGUACGAAAUGUCCCUCGCAUGCGGAAGCGGACGCACAAGAAGAAGGAGCACAGACUGCGGAUGUCGAGGGACACGACCCGUGAGCUGAGUCAAUCGCGGGCUCCCGCAGCGGAUGCAUCUUGAUAACGACGCAAGGCACCCGCUCACACAAGCAGCGGCACAGCCGUUGAAGCUCAUCUGUUAUUUCUCCACCUUAUACUCUUGCCUCUAUCACAGACAACGACUUAGACACGACAUUAUGCGGCGUUUU